AUGAACCAGUCUACCACUAUACUCUUCGUCCCAGGCGCCUGGCACAAUCCUGACUGCUAUGAUCCCGUUGUGCAACGCCUCGAAGCAGUCGGCUACAAGACCGACAAGGUCCAUUUACCCACAGUGGACCCGCCAACACACUAUUUAGACUUCAGCGCAGAUGUUUCCCGUAUUCGAGCGCAAAUCGAGCACGCCGUCAAUGAAGGGCGGGAUGUGGUCGUGGUUGCGCACUCUUACGGCGGCCUGCCCUCGAAUGAGGCUAUAAAAGGACUCGAUAUCAACACGCGCCAGAAAGUGGGUCUGACUGGCGGUGUUACCCAUCUGUUCUUCUGCUGCUCAUUUGUCAUUGCUGAAGGGCAAUCCCUCAUCAGUGCCUUCGGUGGUAAUGACCUCCCAUGGUUCAGGGUAUCGGAUGAUAAGUUGGAAGUCAAUGUUGCAGAUCCAGAAAAAAUAUUCUACAACGACUGCAACGAUGCCCAGGUUGAGCGCGCGGUCGCAGCCUUGAAAUCUCAUAGUUACCAAGCCUUUCAUAGCGUUUGUACUUAUGCGGCAUGGAAAAAUAUCCCAUCCACCUACUUGUACUGUCUCCAGGAUGCGGCAAUUCCUCUCACAGUGCAGAAGAUGAUGGUUGAAGGCACUGCCAAGGGAUUCGGGAUGAGAACGGAGACGGUGGAUGCAUCGCACAGUCCGUUCAUCAGCCAGCCUGAUGAGUUGACUGCAGCGAUUCGACGAGCUGCUGGAGAGAGCGUCUAG